GGAGACGGCUGCCCUAGUGGGAGAGGCGGCGGCGGCGGCCGAGGAGGAGGAGGGGGAAGCGGCGGCGGCGAAGGGCUCCAGACCCAGUUCCUGGACCUGCCCUGGAAAAGAAGUAUCCCGUAGAGAUGAGCUCACUGCAGUUACUUAAUUAACAAUUUGUAAGCUGCAAAAAUGGCAAUGGGCCAACCAAGAACAGCUACAAUUUGAAUUUUUCUAUUUCCAGAAAAUGCUUGGACAGAAGAGAUGAGUACUAUUUCCACUAAGGCCUAGAAUUGCCUACUGUACAAAUAGUCCUGAUCAGGCAAUAUACGAAUGGCCCAAGGAAGCCACCAAAUUGAUUUUCAGGUUUUACAUGACCUGCGACAAAAAUUCCCUGAAGUACCUGAAGUUGUUGUAUCCAGGUGCAUGUUACAGAAUAAUAAUAACCUGGAUGCCUGCUGUGCUGUUCUCUCUCAGGAGAGUACAAGAUAUCUUUAUGGUGAAGGAGACUUGAAUUUUUCAGAUGAUUCUGGAAUUUCUGGUCUACGCAAUCACAUGACUUCUCUCAACUUGGACUUGCAGUCACAGAACAUUUACCACCAUGGAAGAGAAGGAAGUAGGAUGAAUGGAAGUAGGACUCUAACGCACAGCAUUAGUGAUGGACAACUUCAAGGUGGCCAGUCCAAUAGUGAACUAUUUCAGCAGGAGCCACAGACAGCACCAGCUCAAGUUCCUCAAGGCUUUAAUGUUUUUGGAAUGUCCAGUUCUUCUGGUGCUUCAAAUUCAGCACCACAUCUUGGAUUUCACUUAGGCAGCAAAGGAACAUCUAGCCUUUCUCAACAAACUCCCAGAUUUAAUCCCAUUAUGGUAACUUUAGCCCCAAAUAUCCAGACUGGUCGUAAUACUCCUACAUCUUUGCACAUACAUGGUGUACCUCCACCUGUACUUAACAGUCCACAGGGAAAUUCUAUCUAUAUUAGGCCUUACAUUACAACUCCUGGUGGUACAACUCGACAGACACAACAGCAUUCUGGCUGGGUAUCUCAGUUUAAUCCCAUGAACCCUCAGCAAGUUUAUCAACCUUCACAGCCUGGUCCCUGGACUACUUGUCCUGCAUCUAAUCCUCUGUCACAUACCUCAUCUCAACAGCCAAAUCAGCAGGGCCACCAGACCUCUCAUGUCUACAUGCCAAUCAGUUCACCUACUACUUCACAACCACCCACCAUUCAUUCAUCUGGUAGCUCACAGUCUUCUGCCCAUAGCCAAUAUAACAUUCAGAAUAUUUCAACAGGACCUCGAAAAAACCAGAUUGAAAUCAAACUUGAACCCCCACAAAGAAAUAAUUCUUCAAAACUGCGUUCUUCUGGACCUCGAACCUCCAGCACUUCCUCUUCAGUCAACAGCCAAACUUUAAACAGAAAUCAGCCCACUGUUUACAUAGCUGAGCCCCCAAAUACGGAUGAGCUGAUGUCCCGUAGUCAACCUAAGGUCUAUAUUUCAGCUAAUGCCACCACAGGAGAUGAACAGGUCAUGCGGAAUCAGCCCACACUCUUCAUAUCCACAAACUCUGGAGCAUCUGCUGCCUCCAGGAACAUGUCUGGGCAAGUGAGCAUGGGUCCUGCCUUUAUUCAUCACCAUCCACCCAAAAGUCGAGCAAUAGGCAAUAACUCUGCAACUUCUCCUCGAGUGGUAGUCACUCAGCCCAAUACGAAAUACACUUUCAAAAUUACAGUUUCUCCCAAUAAACCCCCUGCAGUUUCACCAGGGGUAGUGUCCCCUACCUUUGAACUUACAAAUCUUCUAAAUCAUCCUGAUCAUUAUGUAGAAACCGAGAAUAUUCAGCACCUCACGGACCCUACGUUAGCACAUGUGGAUAGAAUAAGUGAAACACGGAAACUGAGUAUGGGAUCUGACGAUGCUGCCUACACACAAGCUCUGUUGGUACACCAGAAGGCCAGAAUGGAACGACUUCAAAGAGAACUUGAGAUUCAAAAGAAAAAGCUGGAUAAAUUAAAAUCUGAGGUUAAUGAAAUGGAAAAUAAUCUAACUCGAAGGCGCCUGAAAAGAUCAAAUUCUAUAUCCCAAAUACCUUCCCUCGAAGAAAUGCAGCAGUUGAGAAGUUGUAAUAGACAACUCCAGAUUGACAUUGACUGCCUAACCAAAGAAAUUGAUCUUUUUCAAGCCCGAGGACCACAUUUUAAUCCCAGUGCUAUUCAUAACUUUUAUGACAAUAUUGGAUUUGUAGGUCCUGUGCCACCAAAACCCAAAGAUCAAAGGUCCAUCAUCAAAACACCAAAGACUCAAGACACAGAAGAUGAUGAGGGAGCUCAGUGGAAUUGUACUGCCUGUACUUUUUUGAACCAUCCAGCCUUAAUUCGCUGUGAACAGUGUGAGAUGCCCAGGCAUUUCUGAGCCAAAUGGC